AUGAGCGAAAUAGCGAGAUUGAACAGAAAGAGGCCAUUGGCAGAAAGUGUGGAGCGAAAUGGGGAGAAUCUGAGUGACUGGAACCCGAACUGUCCAGGAGCAAGAGCAAAAAGACAUGAAACAAAAACACCGCAGGAUUUGCUGGAAAGAGAGGCGAAAGCAGCGGCAAUUUUGUUCAGUCUGGACUCGACGACGUGCGGCAACCUGCUGAUACCGCGGGGCAAGGGUGUUUUGAUCGGGAGGUCCCGGAAAUGCGAUAUAGUGGUGGAACCACCGGAUUGCUCUAGCAAGCAUUGUCAAAUUGGAUCGAGUGAUGUAGGCGGUAGGCAGGCAGUUUUUGUGAAGGACAUGAGCACGAACGGGACGUUUGUGAACGGUACAUUGGUGGGCAAAGGCAACACGUGUCUUUUGAGGGACGGGGACCGGAUAUCGUUUGCGGCAAGUUGCGAAUUUAUCACGAAAUACAACAAAAAAGCAUCACGGGCCGGAAAAUCGUUUUUCGACAAGUACAUAUUGAGCAACAAGGUGCUCGGGACGGGCCACUACGCGCAGGUGAAGGAGGCGGUGUGCCGGGAAACCGGCAAAGUGUGCGCAGUGAAGAUUUUCAACCCUCGAAAGCACACUUUGGGUGCCGCAAGCAAAAUACAGACUAACGAGGCGGCGGACGAGGUCAAUCUGGACCGCGAGCUCGACAUUUUGACGAAGCUGGACCACCGGAACGUCGUCGGGUUCUACGGAACGUACCUGGAGCCGGUUUCCCGCGAUUCCGUGACCACAUACUUGGUUUUGGAGGAAGUGAAUGGCGGAGAACUCUUUAAAAGGAUCGUAUCCAAGGGGAAACUGCGGCAGGACGAGACACAAAACAUCAUGUGCCAGCUUUUGACCGGGCUCAGGUACCUGCACUCGAUGGGAGUCGUGCACCGGGACCUUAAACCUGAGAACAUCUUGCUUGAAGUGAUAAGCGGCCCGCAGGCUGCGCCAUGGGAUGCGGGAGAGCGCAGCGUGCGCGUGAAGAUUGCAGACUUCGGCCUCGCCAAGUUCAUCGGCAACUUUAGCUUUACCAACACACUAUGCGGCACCCCGGCUUAUGUUGCGCCGGAAGUGCUUGUUAAUCAGCAAAAUCGGCACUACAAUCGCGCAGUCGAUAUGUGGUCUGUUGGUGUGCUUUUAUACGUUUGCUUGUGUGGAUUUCCGCCUUUCAGUGAAGAGCUUGGGCCGCCGUCCAUGCGGCAGCAGAUUAUCGAGGCGCGGUAUGCGUUUUUCUCACCUUACUGGGAUGAGAUUGCGGACGAUGCUCUUGAUCUUAUUUCACGGUUGCUUGUCGCGGACCCGAACCGGCGCUUAUCGGUGGAGCAGGCGCUGCACCACCCUUGGUUGCGCGACUGCGCAGAGUCGCUUGAGUUGGCGCACGCGCAGGCGGAGGUGCGGGCGGAGGCAACAGUGCAGUCGAGACAACGGCCACCGGUGCGCGACGAGAUGCUCGACUUGCGCGCAAAGCAGCUCUCAAUCCGCAUCCCCGCAUCCUCCAGAGGAUAUUCCUGCGGACCAAUCACAUUAAAGCAAAGAGUCGAGUCUGGAAUGGAUGACGAAAUGAUUGCUCGCACCUUUUGCCAUUACAAGGAGGACAAUGCCGAUCAAAGCGACUCUAUGAUGGAAUAG